AAAAACAACAAUGAUAGUGACGCCUUGCUGUCUACCUACAUUUUGCAAUAUUGUUUAGUUUAAUAGCUUUUUAGUUGCUGUUUUUGUCUCAUUAAUUCGUUUAUUUAGAAAUGACAAGUCAAUGACGAACAUAUAUUUUUUAUUACUUGUUCGCUAGCAAUGGCUAUCGAAACCUCUAAGUUUAGCUAGUUAACGCUAGCUCGCGUUGACAGUUCAACGUAAACAAUGCGACGUUGCUUAAAAAAUGAAACUGCUCUAAAGUCAGUUUAAAUGUUUUGAUCGCAAUUGUUGAGACCUCAAAAUGUAUUCACAAUAAUGGCCGUUUUAAACUCUAAAGUAUUAUGUACAUUUUUUAUUUUUAGUGUAACUAUUAUUGCUUUGAGCCAGUCGACAAGGUUGAAUGUUCCCAAGUUACUUUUGCCCAGAUCAAAUCAUAAUCAUGUCAACUUCACGUUGACAGCAGAGAAGGGAUGCUAUAAAUGGGUGUCCUCCCGACCCCAGGCAGUCGUUGUUUGGCCCCUCUCUCCUUCCAUCCCUCCCUCCAUCCUCCCUCCAUCAGCCUGUAGCCAGCAGGUCCUAGUGUCCGCCCGGCCUCUGUCCGCUCCACUGGACACUAACCAAGGGGCCAGCAUCAUACGGGGACAGGACUCUGUGACUGGCCAUACCCUGCGCUGUGAUGUCAUUGUUGACCAGAUCAAGCAGAUUCAGGUUGUCACGACGACACGUCAACUGUUCACCGAAGACCCACCCCUCGUGCUCUCCGUCAUGGCACUGGACUCAGGAGGCAACACAUUCAGUAGUCUGGCAGGUCUACAGUUUGAGUGGAGGCUAGUAAAGGACUCAGAGACAGCAGAGAUUGUUAGGUUUGUGCGUUUCUCAGAGGCGGGCUACUCCCCGCCCCAUCACAUCCUUUCCCUGGAGGAAGCAGGUCAGAAAGGGGACAGUGUGUUGCUGGAGGGGGUCCGUAGCGGGGUGGUACAGGUCAGGGCCUCCCUCUCGCACCCAGACUACAAGUGGGUAGAGCCAGCCUCUGUGAGCCUGACCGUGACAGACAGACUCUACCUUAGCCCCUCCCAUGACGCCUACCUGCUGCUAGGCUCCACCCUCUCCUUCAGAGUCUGGAAAAGCGUGCAUGACACAGAAACGGAGGUGGUGCUGGGUGAGGGAGAGUAUGAGCUGUCUGUAGAGAGAGACCCAAAUUACGAUGAUGAUGUCAUCACUGUGGACCAGGACACAGGGACCAUCACCGCCCGAGGGCUAGGCCGCACCACGCUGUCCGUCACACACCCCAGCCUACCAGAAAACUCUGCUUCCCACCUGCCUCGCUGUUCUGUGUUUGUGGUGGAGCCAAGUUACCUGACGCUAGGUGUGGAGGAGGAGGACAGGUGGGUGUUGGAGAGUGGUCGUCAGUACCAGGUGACUGUACGAGUUCACGACCAGGAGGGUCACACAGCACACCUGGCACAGAAUGUGGUGAUGACCGUGGACUUCUCUGAUUGGCUGUUCUAUGUCCUGGAGACUUCCUCUAACAGUUCCUACCAUGUACUGGAAACACGAGGGUCUGGGCACACUACUAUACGAGCUGCACUGUUCACUGUGCUCACUGAGGAUGGCCGAGCGUUGCCCCUGAUACCACCAAUCAGAGCAGAGCAAGAAGUUGAGAUCUACGAGCCCCUCACCCUGCAGCCCCGCCUCCUUGUGUUUCCCUGGCAACCUGAGGGACAGCUCUAUCAGCACCACUUGCAGGUAGAGGGUGGCAGUGGUGCUGUGAGCUGGUCGGUGAGUGACAGUGAUGUUGCCGUGGUGACAAUAAAAGGGGAAGUCAUGGCGGGAAAGAGACGGGGCCAAGUGGAUAUUCAGGCAUCAGACGCACGCAACCCUUUACACACCGCUACUGGACAGGUGUACGUGUUGAGGCCAGCUGGUGUGGAUGUCCUGGCCCAGAGAGGUGACUGUAGGGUGGGAGAGACCAUCACCCUUCCCCUGGCUGUCUGGGGGGUCCAGGAGGAGGACCAGGCCCAGGACCCUCCCCAGGGAAGCUCUGGCCCCCAGACCCUGCUGCAGGUGACAGACUGCUCUCUCAUCAACCUCCACGUCACCACGUCACCACAGGGGGUAUUCACCCCUCUACCAGGUUCUGUGGGUCCAGGCUCAGGGUUCUGUGGAGGACUCCAGCUGGAAGCAGUGGGAACAGGCCACACCCUCAUCACUAUCACCGUGGAAAUGGAACACUACAACAUCACUUCCAUGGCAACGCUGGCCGCCCACAGUCCCCUCAAGGCCCUGGUUUCAGAGGUGGUCUUGUCUUUGGGUGCAUCUUGCCUCAUCGUCUUCGAGGGGGGGCCACAGCCCUGGCCCCUGGUCCCUGCACGUUUCCAUGGCGAUGCCCAGGCUGAGGGGGAGGGGCUAGGCGUGGAGGCUCUCAGCCUAUCAGAGCCCAGGAGAGCCCAGCAGCACGCCUACAGGGUCACCUGCCACGCCCUGGGGGAACAGUGGCUGGUGUUCAGCAGUGGGAACUCCCCAGGUCCUCUGAACCAGGAUCCCUCAGUAGAGCAGAGCAGAGUGAGAGUAGACUGCAGCGCCCCGGGUUCUCUCUCUCUCUCCCUCCUCCCCUCCUCUCCUCCCUCCAUCCCUCCAUCCUCCCUGUCCCACCCGUGCCCUGAGCCCCACUAUCCUGCCAGCCUGUUGUCUGUGUCCAGUAGCAGGGAUGCUGUGCUGCAGUUAGCAGUGUUUGACCACCGGGGGGUGCAGUUUGACAACUUCAGCUCGUGCUCUGUGAACUGGCUGACCUCUAACUACUCCCUGCUGUCCCUGCCCUCACACACACACAUGGGCCUGGCAGACACACACACACCCAGCGGCCACAGCAAACUGCACGGUCGUCAGGUGCUCCGCGCCCACGAUCUAACAGGGACAGUCACCAUCACUGUGGCCCUCACACCUGCACAGGACUCAUGGGCCACACCGCUGACUGCGUCUGUGCAUCUGAGACUGGUGGAGGACGUGCUGUGGGACAAACGUGCUAUAACCCUCUAUAACCACCCUGACAUCACUGAGAACCUGACAUUGGUUCAGGGUUCAGGACACUUCUUGGUUCGUCUUCAGGACAGAGAGCUGGCCAACAUCACUUACCUGGAGAACAGCAAUGUUGUACAGGUGUCUCCCCUGCGGCCUGGCCUCUCCUCCAUCCUGGCCUAUGACCUGUGUUUGACCUCUGCUGACCCCGCCGUGACCUCCAUCUCCAUCUCUGACAUCACUGACUUCCAGAUAGACUUUGUUGACAUUGUGGAGGUGGACCACAGUGCUCUGGUUCGUGUGCGUGUUCUAGACUCUAACAGACAACCCUUCCUACAUCAUUACCUUCCUCUGAUGCACCUCAAACUGACCCCCUCCUCACCCAUCCUCACUGUGGAGCCUGCAGGGCCGUUGGACAGCGUCUCCGUAGGUUACCGUGUGUCAGGUCAGACAGUGGGAGUGGUCAGUCUUCACCUGUCUGCAGUGGACAGCAGUGGGAGUGUCCGGACCUCCUCUCACAAACAGCUACAGGUCUACCCCCGAUUCACCCUGCAGCCACGAAGUCUGGCACUGACACUGGGCAGCGUACGACAGGUGAAGUGGGAGGGUGGCCCCCACCCCCAGUCCAGUGUGGGCUUCUCUGUGAGUGACAGCCGCAUCGCCACGGUGACCGACACAGGAUUGGUCCGUGGAGUGGCAGUGGGCGUGGUCAAACUCAGAGGGGCGUUGCAGACCGUCACUCAGGACACCGGAGCUCUGCUCACCUUCGCACAGGAUGAGGUGGAUGUGGAGGUGUUUAACCUGACAGGGGUCAGGAUCCAGGCCCCUCUGGUCAAACUGUCUGUGGGCACUGAGAUGCCAGUGUAUGUGAUGGGCAGUGACAGUAGUCAGAACCCCUUUGCUCUGGGCAGUGUAGAGUCUGGUCUCUCCUUCCACUGGAAUCUGGGCAAGCUUGGAGUACUGGAGAUACAAACACGACACACUCAGGCGGGGGUGACUGUCUCUCCUGCCCAUAGUUUCUCUGUACUGGUGAGGGCGUGGGCAGUGGGCAGGACCAGUUUGAGAGUGACAGUUCAGCUGACCAAUCACACGUCAGCAUCCCACCAGCAGCUCUCUGACGAGAUACAGAUACUGGUGUACCAGGAGAUGCAGCUGGCUGUAGGAACCUCCAGAUCCAUCCUCAUGUCUCCCUACUCACACUACGCACUACAGAGCAACAAAGACACUAUCUGUCCUGUACGGUACGGCCUGUGUCAGUGUGUGAAAGGGGAGGGUCUUGUAACGGUGGACAGCCAGGGAGUUCUGAGGGCGGGGCCUGACACGGGAUCUGCCCUGCUGGAGGUCAUCGCUAUGGAGACCUGUGGGGUCAACCAGACCCUGCUCAUCAGCGUCCGGGUGUCUCCAGUGUGGUUUGUCAGGCUAUUCAGUGUGUCCAGCCUGUACAGUGUUGGAGGGGGAGGCCUGCCUGCCUUUCCCCUGGGCUGGACCAUCAGAGUCAGGGCUCUCUGCUACGACAACCUGGGACAACAGUUCAACGCCCAUAACACCCUCACACACAUUACCACCAACAGGGAUGACUUGGUGCAGGUGACUCCAGACUCAGACAGUCAUUCCUUCGUGGUCCAGACAGUGUCUGGGGGUUUGACAGUCCUAGGGGUGCAGGCAGACCCCACCAACCCCUCCCUGAGUGACUACACCCCCCUCCCUGUCCUCCCCGCCAUCUCUGCCCCCCCCCACACACUCAGGCCUGGAGACACACUCUGCUUCAACACCCCCGUGACAGGACCACACGGCCAGCCAGGUCAGUGGAACGUGUCGUCUAGUCGUGUUCUGCAGAUCGACUCAAAGACGGGAGCUGCCCUGGCAAAGCAUUCUGGGACGGUAGUGGUCUACUACAGACUGGAAGGUGGACAGCAGGCUCUCAGAGAGGUGAAGGUGGACUCUCCAGCCAUCCCAGAACUCUCUCCUCCUGAUGAUCGUUUCCUCACCAACUGGCCUGGUGCAGCUGACUACACGGUUCCUGUGGAGAUAUACACCUCCCCCGUCAACACAGCCCAGUGUUCCCUGUCCCAGAGGGAGGCCAUAGAGAAGAAGCUGCAGCCAGAGGCAGAGUUAGGGUGUUCCCUGCACUUCAGCGCCCCCUACCUCCAGCUCAACACACUGCAGGCUGUGAUGGUCACCACGCCUCACUAUGACCUCGACACAGGUGAAUACAGCUGCAGAGUCUCUGUCCGUCCCCAGUCAGAUUCCGUCCUCCACCUCCUCUCCUCCAUCUCUGUCUCCGUCUCUCUCUCAGCCUCUCUGCGGGGCCAGUCCCCCGUCCCUGUCCUCCCUCUCUCUGCUCUGUCGCUACCUCUCUCCGGACAUUUGGUACAGUUGCCGUACCUGCCUGCGUUCCACUGCCCGGUGUCUUUCCUGGUGCUCUCUGCUCUGCAGCCCAUGGCAGAGUUCUCUGUGCUGGGCACCAAGGAGGUGCUCUCUGCCCUACAGUUCCACUCUGACAGUACUGACGUGCUGCUAUCUGAACCCAGUCAAUCAGACGGACAUCUGGUGUUGUCUGUCUACAUUUCCACUUCCUGGGUCAAAAGUCAGGCCCUGCCCCCUCCUGCCAACAUCACCCUCUCCAGCCACCUGACCCCACAGACUCAUGUCCUUACAGUUUACAUCACGGUGGACAGCGAGGUGAAGAUAGGUUCCACAGAUCUGAUUCGUUUACAAUCUUCCUGGACUCAGCUCCUGGACUUCCAUCUCAUCCUGGUCUUUGCUGUCUUUGCAGUUAUGGCCACUACUGCCACCUUAUACAUAGUGUACAACUCCUGCAUGCAGACGGUUCCUGUCCCGGUGGUCGGCCUGUACCCAAACACACUGGAAUGCAGCAGUCUUAGGGUUGUGUCUAAGCUGGUGUGUGUGUUCUCCAGUGGAAUGCAGCAGUCUUAGGGUUGUGUCUAAGCUGGUGUGUGUGUUCUCCAGUGGAAUGCAGCAGUCUUAGGGUUGUGUCUAAGCUGGUGUGUGUUCUCCAGUGGAAUGCAGCAGUCUUAGGGUUGUGUCUAAGCUGGUGUGUGUGUUCUCCAGUGGAAUGCAGCAGUCUUAGGGUUGUGUCUAAGCUGGUGUGUGUGUUCUCCAGUGGAAUGCAGCAGUCUUAGGGUUGUGUCUAAGCUGGUGUGUGUGUUCUCCAGUGGAAUGCAGCAGUCUUAGGGUUGUGUCUAAGCUGGUGUGUGUUCUCCAGUAGAAUGCAGCAGUCUUAGGGUUGUGUCUAAGCUGGUGUGUGUUCUCCAGUAGAAUGCAGCAGUCUUAGGGUUGUGUCUAAGCUGGUGUGUGUUCUCCAGUAGAAUGCAGCAGUCUUAGGGUUGUGUCUAAGCUGGUGUGUGUUCUCCAGUAGAAUGCAGCAGUCUUAGGGUUGUGUCUAAGCUGGUGUGUGUUCUCCAGUAGAAUGCAGCAGUCUUAGGGUUGUGUCUAAGCUGGUGUGUGUUCUCCAGUAGAAUGCAGCAGUCUUAGGGUUGUGUCUAAGCUGGUGUGUGUUCUCCAGUAGAAUGCAGCAGUCUUAGGGUUGUGUCUAAGCUGGUGUGUGUUCUCCAGUGGAAUGCAGCAGUCUUAGGGUUGUGUCUAAGCUGGUGUGUGUUCUCCAGUAGAAUGCAGCAGUCUUAGGGUUGUGUCUAAGCUGGUGUGUGUUCUCCAGUGGAAUGCAGCAGUCUUAGGGUUGUGUCUAAGCUGGUGUGUGUUCUCCAGUAGAAUGCAGCAGUCUUAGGGUUGUGUCUAAGCUGGUGUGUGUUCUCCAGUAGAAUGCAGCAGUCUUAGGGUUGUGUCUAAGCUGGUGUGUGUUCUCCAGUGGAAUGCAGCAGUCUUAGGGUUGUGUCUAAGCUGGUGUGUGUUCUCCAGUAGAAUGCAGCAGUCUUAGGGUUGUGUCUAAGCUGGUGUGUGUUCUCCAGUGGAAUGCAGCAGUCUUAGGGUUGUGUCUAAGCUGAUGUGUGUUCUCCAGUAGAAUGCAGCAGUCUUAGGGUUGUGUCUAAGCUGGUGUGUGUUCUCCAGUAGAAUGCAGCAGUCUUAGGGUUGUGUCUAAGCUGGUGUGUGUUCUCCAGUGGAAUGCAGCAGUCUUAGGGUUGUGUCUAAGCUGGUGUGUGUUCUCCAGUAGAAUGCAGCAGUCUUAGGGUUGUGUCUAAGCUGGUGUGUGUUCUCCAGUGGAAUGCAGCAGUCUUAGGGUUGUGUCUAAGCUGGUGUGUGUUCUCCAGUGGAAUGCAGCAGUCUUAGGGUUGUGUCUAAGCUGGUGUGUGUUCUCCAGUAGAAUGCAGCAGUCUUAGGGUUGUGUCUAAGCUGGUGUGUGUUCUCCAGUGGGAUGCAGCAGUCUUAGGGUUGUGUCUAAGCUGGUGUGUGUUCUCCAGUGGAAUGCAGCAGUCUUAGGGUUGUGUCUAAGCUGGUGUGUGUUCUCCAGUGGAAUGCAGCAGUCUUAGGGUUGUGUCUAAGCUGGUGUGUGUUCUCCAGUGGAAUGCAGCAGUCUUAGGGUUGUGUCUAAGCUGGUGUGUGUUCUCCAGUGGAAUGCAGCAGUCUUAGGGUUGUGUCUAAGCUGGUGUGUGUUCUCCAGUGGAAUGCAGCAGUCUUAGGGUUGUGUCUAAGCUGGUGUGUGUGUUCUCCAGUGGAAUGCAGCAGUCUUAGGGUUGUGUCUAAGCUGGUGUGUGUUCUCCAGUAGAAUGCAGCAGUCUUAGGGUUGUGUCUAAGCUGGUGUGUGUUCUCCAGUGGGAUGCAGCAGUCUUAGGGUUGUGUCUAAGCUGGUGUGUGUUCUCCAGUAGAAUGCAGCAGUCUUAGGGUUGUGUCUAAGCUGGUGUGUGUUCUCCAGUAGAAUGCAGCAGUCUUAGGGUUGUGUCUAAGCUGGUGUGUGUUCUCCAGUGGAAUGCAGCAGUCUUAGGGUUGUGUCUAAGCUGGUGUGUGUUCUCCAGUGGGAUGCAGCAGUCUUAGGGUUGUGUCUAAGCUGGUGUGUGUUCUCCAGUAGAAUGCAGCAGUCUUAGGGUUGUGUCUAAGCUGGUGUGUGUUCUCCAGUGGAAUGCAGCAGUCUUAGGGUUGUGUCUAAGCUGGUGUGUGUUCUCCAGUAGAAUGCAGCAGUCUUAGGGUUGUGUCUAAGCUGGUGUGUGUUCUCCAGUGGAAUGCAGCAGUCUUAGGGUUGUGUCUAAGCUGGUGUGUGUUCUCCAGUAGAAUGCAGCAGUCUUAGGGUUGUGUCUAAGCUGGUGUGUGUUCUCCAGUGGAAUGCAGCAGUCUUAGGGUUGUGUCUAAGCUGGUGUGUGUUCUCCAGUGGAAUGCAGCAGUCUUAGGGUUGUGUCUAAGCUGGUGUGUGU